AUUAACAUAAGGAAUAAAGCACGGAGAUAGCUUAAAAUCUCUUAAUUAUCAUUUCACCAGAAAACUCUUGUGCAAGAAUGCUUUCUUCAAUCUCCACAAGACGCCUAAACCCCUUUUCUCUGCUUUCCCCAAUUCAUGUUCUCUUAUCCUCCACUUCUCACCCUAUAUUCCCGAACCCCACUUCCUAUUUCCACUCUCAACCCCGAAAUCCCCUCCCAAAUCAACCCAAUAUCGACCAUCACACCGUCCGGGAAACCCUGUCUUGCUACAUCGACGACUGGAAACGCGCGUUGGAGUUCUUCAACUGGGUCGAAACAGACUGCCAAUUCACCCACACCACCGACACCUUCAACAAAAUGUUAGACAUUUUGGGUAAGUAUUUCGAGUUCGAUCUUUCAUGGGAUUUGAUUCAUAGAAUGAAAAGCAACCCUUGUUCGAUACCCGAUCACGCCACGUUUCGCAUCAUGUUUAAGCGUUAUAUAACUGCUCAUCUUGUUAAUGAAGCUAUAACUACUUUUGAUAGAUUAGAGGAAUUCAAUUUGAAAGAUGAAAUUUCAUUCUGUAACCUUGUUGACGCACUUUGCGAGUAUAAGCAUGUCAUUGAGGCACAAGAAUUGUGCUUUUUUGGUAAAAAUAGGGAAUUGGGUUUUAAUGUGAAUGAUACAAAGAUUCAUAAUAUGAUUCUUCGUGGGUGGUUUAAAAUGGGGUGGUGGAGUAAAUGUAGGGAAUUUUGGGAAGAAAUGGAUAAGAAGGGUAUUCCAAAAGAUUUACAUUCUUAUUCUAUUUAUAUGGAUAUAAUGUGCAAGAGUGGGAAGCCGUGGAAGGCAGUGAAGUUGUACAAGGAGAUGAAAAAGAAAGGGAUAAAAUUGGAUGUUGUGGCGUGUAAUACAGUUAUUCGUGCUAUUGGUUUUUCAGAAGGUGCAGAUUUUGGUGUUGGGGUAUUUAGGGAGAUGAGGGAUUUGGGUUGUGAGCCGAAUGUUGUGACUUAUAAUACGGUCAUAAAGCUUUUGUUUGAGAACGGAAGGGUGAGGCAGGCUUAUUCGGUGCUCAAUCAAAUGCUAAAGAAUGAUUGCGCACCUGAUGUAAUUACAUACCAUUGUUUUUUCAGGUCUCUGGAGAAGCCAAGAGAGAUUCUUAAGCUGUUUGAUUUGAUGAUUUGUAAUGGGGUUCAGCCAAGGAUGGACACAUAUGUAAUGCUUAUGAGGAAGUUUGGGAGAUGGGGAUUUCUUCGACCUGUUUUUAUCGUCUGGAAGAAGAUGGAAGAACUGGGAAGUAGCCCAAAUGAAUUUGCUUACAAUGCUCUGAUUGAUGCCUUGAUUCAAAAGGGCAUGUUAGAUAUGGCUAGGAAUUAUGAUGAGGAAAUGUUAGCAAAAGGGCUUUCAUCUAAGCCGAGGAAAGAAUUGUGAACAAAAGCUGUGCAAGGAGGACCUGAUACUUGAUAGCUGCAAUUCUUAUACACAAUUUUGUAAAAGAGGCAGUUUCCACUGAAAUUCUGUUGUCAGAGUGAAAGGAAGUUGGCGUGUCAUUCUGGAUUAUGUACAGUGGGAAGUGCCUGUUAGUUAUGUUGUAAAGGAAUAAUUAGCGUUUCUUCCAGGAGACUUGGCUUUAGUGGAAUGGUUGAUGGCAUGAUGUCGAUUUCUCGUAUUAAACUAUACUAAUGUUCCUUUUUUUAAGGGCAAACUAGGACAUGUGAACAUGUUUUUGUUUGGACUAAGGAUUGCUGAAUGUGCAGUCAAAGCACAUCUGUUGGUGCUUUCUGGCUUUUGUCUAACCACUGAGAAUAGCAAGAAUGAAGCUGGUACAAGAAAGGCUUACGGUGGAUGGUUCAGAAAAUGAGACAAUUUUUACACUAGAAAGUAUCAUGUUUCAGCGGCAUCUCUAAAUCUGCAGUAAAGCUUAACAACUCCCAUGAAUUAUACGAUUUGCAAGGGCUAAAGCCUGUCAACGAUGGAUUUCCAGCAUUUGAAAUGUUCCAUGAGCUUCUAUUUGGCAGCAUGUUCUUACUUAUUAGUCACCUUGCAAAUGGCUGGUUUUCUCUCCAUGUCUUUCCAUCUUCUUCCUUUUAGCAAUAUAAUAAUUCUUUGAUCACUCUAUCCUUGUAUCUCCUGCUGUCCUAUCCAUAAAUGCAAAUUUGAUCAAAUUAUCUUUCAUAUCCUCAAUCUUAGUUCAAGCGAGCCUAAGAUGCAUUACUAAUUAAUAAUUUUAAUUUUCGGCUUUUGAUUUUGAUUAUUUGAAUGCUGUUGUCUGGAAUGAGACUUUAAUUUUCAUAUAACAGUUGUUAAUUGAAAGUUGGAUUGGUGUUCUGAUAAAUUAAGUGAAAGCUGAGAUGAUUGAAACCGCCAAAGUCUGCCCAAUCAUGUAUGAUCAGCUUGUAGGAUUUUGCUCUGUAUUUUAUGUUUUGAAUUAAGAAACAUGGAAGUUGGACUUAAAUCAGGUGGAUCAUUUGCAAACGGCGGUAUUAAUUAUACCAAAUUUGCAUAAAAAUUUUUUUUUCUACCAGGAAUUUUAGAGUGUGAAGAUGCCUACUUGUAGAUGUUAUUCUUUAAUAUGACAGUCAAUGGUCAUUCAUUCU